AAAGUGUGACACGAAUUCUCAAAUAUCCCUUUGAAAGUGGUAAAUGACAGGGCAAUUUAAAAGCAGUUGCUUUCACAAAACAUACAACCUGAAAUAGUUUGGAAAUGCCAAUCCAGAAAUUGACGUUUGUGUACAUUUAUUUUGAAGGCAGAUACUACGUCACUGUUUUACUUCCGCUGUCAUUUCCUCAAACGCUAACCUGUGGUAGCGUUUCACAGGGCGAAGAAUGGGUGAAGAUGACUUUAGGUGUAUUGAGUGUAACGAAAAAGCAUCAGAGUUACACAGAGACUACAGCAACGGCAUCCUGAAGACAACGAUAUGUGGGUCGUGCCAGAAACCAGUGGACAAGUACAUUGAAUAUGACCCAGUUAUUAUCCUAAUUGAUGCCAUAUUGUGCAAGACGCAGGCUUUCAGACACAUUCUGUUCAACACAAACCUGAAUAUCCACUGGAAGCUGUGUGUGUUCUGCCUGCUGUGUGAGGCGUACCUCCGGUGGUCUCUUCUCCAUGGCUCCGAGCAGAGCAGCGACCCUGCUGACAUCAUCAGGUACACCAAGGAGUGGGACUUCUACAACAUGUUUGGAUUGGCCGCCCUCGAGCUGUCGGCGUUCUGCGGCGGCGUGUUGUGCUUCCUCUGGGUGGUGGUGGGUCGUCUCCAGGGAGGGACGGUGGAGCUCAGCCUGCUGCUCAGAGCCCUGCUGCUGUCCUGCUACGGAAAAGUCCUCCUCAUCCCGGCUGUGAUCUGGGAGCACGACUACUCCCCGCUCUGCCUCGGCCUCAUCAAGCUGUUUGUGCUCACGUCAAACUCGCAGGCUAUCAGAGUGAUUCUGAACAGCAGCAGACGCCUCUCGUUGAUGGCCGUGUGUCUGGGCCUGCUGUCAGAGAACUGCGUGGCUCAGGCCUGUAAGAAGCUUCCAUGGAGCAUCCAGGACGUGUUUACUGUUUGAAUGAAGACCUCGUCAACCUGAGACAAACGUCAGGUUUAUUAAACAACCUGUCAACCUGUACCAAAAGGGAAAGCAGCAUAUCUGGUUAGAAGAGGAAAAGAAAGCGUUUUUUAAUAUCUAUUUUUCAAAUUCUCAAAAAGAGGGAAAUUGUAUUAUAAGAGAUGUUAUUGUUACAAUUAUUCUCUUCUUUUCAAAGAGAAAAUACCAUUUGUCUUCAUUUUGGAAGAAUGUCAAGGAGCUGAUCUUGUUUCAAGUUUUAAAUGGACCUCCAGCUCUCUAGUUACAAAAAGGGACCACAGAGGAGCGACAGCACGGGAACGAGGUUGCAAUUUAACAAGAACUACUUCUCUGUUUAGACAGGAACUGGCAAACACUCUUCACAUUCUUCAGCUGAUUGGUGAAGUGCUUACACUAACUCUCACGCACAGGAGGAAGUUAUCAAGAUACCAAAGGAGUACUUCAUUAAGAUUUUUAAGUUUGGGUGGUGGGGGGCUUUUUGUGCCUUUUUAUUGAGAGAGAGGACAGUAGAUCAGGAAAUCAGAGAGAGAGAGAGAGAGAGAGAGAGAGCCCAGCCAACCCCACUCCAGGAGUAUUUUAUUGUAGACAUUUUUAUAAUUGUGUGAAAUGCCUUCCCUUCUUUCCUUCUCAUUCAUAGGAUUUGAAAUGAAUGGAUUUUGAAAGCUACUGUUUGAAAUGAUUGACAUAUUUAUUAAAUAAAAAGUAUAAUGAAGUAUCAUGUGGGCAGUGUCAUUUCAAACCUCACGCAGAAAGGAAGAUGUUUGGCUCAAGCCG